AUGCGUGGCCUCCAGUCCCAGUCACGGCCAGCGAGCGACGGCCCAGGGAGAGGCAAGAACAUAGAAACCUGUUCCACCCCUUGCACGUCCCGCCACCGAGGCCUGAAUGCGGGUGCCUCCUUCACGCUGCCACGGCAGAUGGACGCGAGGCUGCAAAACGUCGCGUCAAAUCAAGCAACGCCGCACACGCCGCCACACGCCUGCACACGACGCACACAAGGCACGAGUCGCGCCGGGCCAGACGGGGUCGGCCACGUUGUCGCCUCCCCCCUCCUUGUCGGUACCUCCCUCCUACGGGUCUAUACGAGUCAACGUCUGCCACCACUCCUGAUAGUCCGGCAGAGAGCGACCAGCCUUCACCUGAAGAAGACCUUGAGGUUGUACGUGUUACACGGCUGCCUCUUCGGGGCUGGUUUCUGCGAGGGUUACUCUGCGCGUCAAGACAACAUGGUGAGGAAUGAUGGAAUUCUGCCGUCUCCUCUUCGGUCUCGUCACCACUUGUUCCACCUACAUUCGCCUGAUGAGGAUUGUCUUGGCCAACCUCCCAAAUGUGACUUUCUACUUGGACAAUGUCUUCAUCUACUCUAAAGAUUGGGCUCUAGAACUACAUGCUUGCGCGCGCACACCCGCACCCGCACCCGCACCCGCGCGCGCACACACACACACACACACACACACACACACACACACACACACACACAC